AUGUACCAGACGUUCCAUAUUGCCUGCUGGGGAGUUCCUUCAAGAAAUCACGUGGAGAACGAACGUUUUCCUAUUGCGGUUCACAAAGCAUCUGAGUCUAUAUCCGUUGCUUACAGACCCACAGACGAUAAAAUAACGUCGACAGCCAGCAAAAAGGGCGCCAUGUUGUUCAAACAUGUUGGACAUCGCUUAUUCUCCAGGGGUUCCAGCCAAGAUUCUGGUUCUGUUAUAGAACUUGUCUGUAACAGCUGUUAUGCCGGUCUACCAGAAGUUUAUCUUCUUCAUGAGGGAUGUGAAGUAAUCGGCGAAGACCUCCAGUCCUCCCGCUUGAUUAAGAACGCUGGCAUACCAAUGGUUUUACCACCGACUAUGGCUAAACUAGGAGCCCCUAUUCCAACGGAACUUCUGAAGAUUUUGGGUGUUAAGAAUCUUCCUCGAGCAGUUAUCCCAACGCAUAUUCAUCGUAGUCAACUUCUCCUUCCAAUACCUCUUUCGACAAGCCUCAAAGAAGAGGUGUUUUCUAGACGUCACCGAAAUCCUUUCGGUCAGAUAAUUAGUACUCAUGAAAAUUCGCCUAUUCUCUCUUGGAAGACGUAUCCUGCUAGUACGAAAAAGAGCGUCUGUUUCUUAUCAGCAGUUUCACCUUCCCUUCCAUCUUAUUUCGUUCGAACAUUGGAGAAACUUGGUCUUAGUACAGAAUAUCCCUUAAAAGCACUGACUGAGUAG